UAUUUACAUUUUUUUAAUAAUUUCACAAAAAACUUAAAGAAAAAGUGUCAAAAAUAGUUAAAAUACAAAAUAAUUACAUCAUUGAUAAUCUAUCCUUCGAUUAUAUAUUAUAAAUCAUCGUAUAAAUCAUAGCAAAUUGGUUUCAUAAGAGUUUGCCUAUUGACCUUGAGCUGCUCUGGUACCGUUCCGCAUUUCGAUUUAUGGUAAAGACGGAGUCACGAACCAGAGGCCCUGGCGACUCAUGUGAAUAACGACUUAUAGAAUAGUUAAAUCGAUAGAAACGAUCUAAAAUUUAAUCAAUUAUUAUCAAUUUUUUGACGGCUACAAUGUUUUCGUCAAUUGUAACGAGAGUUAUCCGACGUUCAUUUUCAACGUCAAAAUGGAAUGCCGUGCAGCAGAUGACGGUACGAGAUGCUUUAAAUUCAGCCUUGGAUGAAGAAAUGGAAAGAGACGAAAGAGUAUUUUUACUCGGAGAAGAAGUGGCAUUGUAUGAUGGAGCCUAUAAAGUUUCUAGGGGCCUCUGGAAAAAAUAUGGAGAUAAACGUGUUAUUGAUACUCCUAUCACGGAAGCAGGAUUUGCUGGUAUAGCUGUUGGAGCAGCUAUGGCUGGUUUACGUCCUGUAUGUGAAUUUAUGACAUUCAAUUUUUCUAUGCAAGCAAUCGAUCAAAUUAUUAAUUCUGCCGCAAAGACAUUUUAUAUGUCCGCUGGACGAGUAAAUGUACCAGUUGUUUUUCGUGGACCUAAUGGGGCAGCAGCCGGAGUGGCAGCACAACAUUCACAGUGUUUUGGUGCUUGGUAUAGUCAUUGUCCUGGUUUAAAAGUAGUAUCACCCUAUACUAGCGAAGAUGCAAAAGGAUUAUUAAAAGCUGCCAUUCGAGAUCCUGAUCCAGUUGUUGUGUUAGAAAAUGAAAUAUUAUAUGGUGUUCAAUACCCUAUGUCUGACGAAGCUUUAUCAAAAGAUUUUAUUUUGCCAAUUGGUAAAGCAAAGAUUGAACGUGUUGGCAAACACGUUACAUUAGUGGCACAUUCCAAAGCAGUUGAACAAGCUCUUCAAGCAGCGAAUGAACUUGCAGGGAAAGGAAUAGAAGCAGAAGUAAUAAACCUUAGAUCUUUAAGACCUUUAGAUAUAGAUACUAUUAUACAAUCGGUAGUGAAAACGAAUUAUGUUGUAACUGUGGAACAAGGUUGGCCGCAAUGUGGUAUCGGUGCGGAAAUUAGUGCUAGGAUUUCGGAAAGUGAAGCUUUCUAUCAUCUUGAUGCACCAGUAAUGCGCGUUACAGGUGUUGAUUCACCUAUGCCCUAUGCCAGAACAUUAGAAAAUGCAUCUCUGCCACAAGCGAAUGAUAUUGUGUAUACAGUAAAUAAAAUACUAGGAUUGGUACAGUAGUUAUUUAUAUCUA